CGCACAUGAGGGCAUGCGCCCGCCGCUCAGCUCCUAGAAUCUCUCCCAGACGCUACGAAGACCGCAAAACGAUGAAGACGGAGCGCGCGGUUCUCUGUAUUGCACGCACAGUCGAAGCUCCUUGAAAGUGUUCUGUUCUGUUUCAGUCUUGAAAGUGUUCUGUCUUUUGUUUGAGAAAAGAGUGUGCGAGCGAGCUACGGAAGGCCACGCGUGUGCGAAGUGAAAGAAAUAACACAAAAAAUACAAGAUACCGGAAGACUGAGAGCAAAGCGUGCUUGGCCCGCACUGAAAGCAUGAAACUUAAUACCGCAGCUGUCGCCAUGUUCUCCGUUUGGGUAGUGCUGAACUCAUGGAUGCUUUCAGUGGCCGUAAAUGUUCUACCCCGCAAGCUGAUCGUAUUGACCAAGAGUCACACAGAAGACUACAUCGAAAGUCCAAACUAUCCAGAUGACUAUUACCCUCAGGACAUACAAAUUCAGUACAAAGUUGAGGCAAAACUGGGCAACGAGGUUCUCCAGGAGAUGGCGCGAAUCCAGGUGACGUUCGAGGUCUUCCUUAUGGAGCGCAGCGCCUUCUGCCACAAAGACGGCCUCGACAUCGUCGACAGAACCGGAGAAGUGAGAGCGUACUGUGGUCCACAGAGUGGUCGCAACUUCCUGAUGGAAGACAGCGUGGUUUUGAUGCGCAUGUACACAGAUGCAAAUGGCCGUGACCGGGGAUUCCGGAUCCGUGUUCGCCUCUACGAGUCACCCUGCGGUGGACUCUUGCGGGUCUUUCGGUCAGGGUACAUCACCUCCCCUGACUACCCGUACAGCUAUGGGGCACACAGGUUGUGCGUAUGGAGGAUACAGGCCGUCUAUGGCAUGCGCAUCAAGCUGAGCUUCGAUGGCUACUUCGAUAUCAGAAGUGAUGACCACGACACCUGCUUUAUGGACUACCUUGAGAUUAGCCGGUCCGGCAACUUCCAAAAGGAUUCACAGCGGUACUGCGGGCAGAUACGGCCUAAGACUAUCAUGUCCACUACCAACAGGGUUGAGCUGAAGUUUGUCACCGACUGCUGCGAAGAAGGACGAGGAUUCAAACUGCGCUAUGACAUUAUCCCGUCUUGGUCCGUUACUCCGACUCGACCUACAGAGAGGUACCAGCCGGUUCCUUGCCGUAAGUGA